UCAAUUUUUGUUUAGUUUGGCUUUCGUCUUUUGAUGUUAUUACCUGUGUUUGAAACGUUAGUAAUAUCAGUAAAAUCUCCAAAAUGAGUUUAGAAGCCGACGAUGAACUCGAUGAGGAAUUGGCAUGCUCUGCAGAACUAGCUGAACAGAAAACGGAUCUUUCUAAUGAAAUUCAAGAAGAACAAGCCCUUGGCGAAUUGAUGAAUGCUGAGGAAUUUCUUGCAGUUCAUAGUAUUGCUAUGUUAGAAUACGAACGGCAAAUGUUUUUCGAUUUACUUCAUGCUGAUGGAUUAGUAGUUUGCGCUAAAGGAAUAACAUAUGAAAAAGUAUUGCUGAACUUGCUUAAAAUAUUUUGUGACCCUUCAACAUUAGUCCUGGUAAUGAAUUGUACCGAUUUCGAGGAAAAAUUGUAUACGGCUGAGUUGGAUCGUCAAUAUAUUCAUGAAUCAUCCACCAAUGCAACAGAGCGUGAAAAAAAUUAUUUACUCGGAGGAAUUCAAUUUAUCAGUACCAGGAUUUUGGUAGUAGAUUUGCUCAAAAACCGCAUACCUGUAGAAAUGAUAACAGGAAUAUUCGUGCUAAAGGCACAUGAAAUCAUUGAAUCAUGUCAAGAAGCUUUCGCCCUUCGUCUGUACCGUCAAAGAAACAAAAAUGGGUUUGUGAAAGCCUUUUCAAAAAAUGUAGAAGCUUUCACUUAUGGCUAUGGCCAUGUCGAAAAAGUUAUGCGAAAUUUGUUUGUCAAAGAACUUUUCAUUUGGCCCCGAUUUCAUGGUUCAAUUCAGAAAUCGCUCAAACCAUUCGAGCCAUUGGUUGUGGAAAUGCAAAUUCCCAUGAGUCAAAACAUGAUUUUGCUGCAAUGUAAUAUAUUGGAUAUAAUGAACUGUUUGGUGAAAAAUAUUAAAACUCUCAACCGCAAUGUUGAGCUGCAAGAAGUGACGGUAGAAAAUUGUGUUACGAAAAACUUCCACAAAAUUCUCCAAGCGCAAUUAGAUACCAUCUGGCAUCAACUGAGUUCACAGACGAAAUUAAUUGUGGCUGAUUUGAAGUCUCUACGCAGUUUAAUGAUAUCAACUAUUUAUCAUGAUGCAGUUACAGUUUAUGCGAAUAUGAGAAAAUAUCGUUCUAAGGAGUAUGCUCUUAGUAAUUCAGGGUGGACUAUCCUUGACUCAGCAGAAAAAAUGUUCAAUGUCGCGAAGGAGCGCGUUUAUAAUAAAAACGAUGAAUUUGAACCUGAGUUUUGUCCGAAAUGGAAGGCCUUAUCUGAUGUUCUCCGGCAGGACAUUCCUGCUAAUAUAAAGGAUGCAGCAAAAAAGAUACGAAACCCAGAAGAACGACGAAAAUAUUUGCAACAACAAGUCAAGGUGCUUGUACUAUGCCAGGAUGCACGAACAUGCUACCAAUUAAAUCAAUAUCUUACCCAAGGUCCAGAGAGAUAUCUUCUCUACACCGCAAUGAAAAACGACGUCUCAGUUUCAAAGCUAAGCCAACGUUACAGUGAUAUUGACAAGUGUUCGGAUGAAAAUCCGUUCAAAAUACAACAGAUUGAGUCAAAUAUCAAGUCAGUACUUACAAAAGAAAAAACAAAUAACAUUGGCGUCGAAACGAACGUCUCGAAUCUUAGCGCUGGUUUUCUUAAAGAAAGAAUCGCUAGGCGACGGGUUGAAGCUGCAAAAAAAGCAAUAGAAGAUGAUGAACACCAAAAACGAAAUCAAGAAGAGGAUGCCUCUGUGCAGCUUUCUGGGAUAGAGUCUGAAUUGUUUGCUGAGGAGGAAAGCGAAGAUUAUAUUUAUUUUCGAGAUUCCUAUGUACUGACCAUGUCACAGAAAGAAGAUGUUAAUCGAACUGUUAGUGAAGAGGGUGCUGAACAAGAUUUAUUCAAUGCAACACAGAUGGAACAUGGGGAAUUCGAGUCAUUUUCGGAGUUGGAAAAUAUGGACAUCACGAAAAUUGAAGCCGAGAGCAAUAAGCCAUUAGUUUUCAUUCAAACUUUCAAAAGUGAAAAUAACGGGUUUGCUUCAUUAGACCGGACGUUAGAAGAGAUUAGGCCGCGUUACAUAAUUAUGUAUCAUAGUAAUGUAACGGCUGUUCGAACGAUCGAGAUAUUCGAAGCUCGCAGACAGCGCCAAGAACUGACUAGAGUUCGUGUGUUUGUAAUUAUUCACUCCAAAACUGUUGAAGAACAAUCAUAUUUGACUUCACUGCGAAGGGAGAAACAAUCAUUUGAAUUACUCAUUGACACUAAGCGUACAAUGGUGGUUCCUGAGUAUCAAGACGGCAAGUCUGAAGACUCAAUAGCAAUGCUACAGAAGAAACUGGAAGUUUCUUCGCGUAAAGCAGGUGGACAACAAACGGAUGAAGAAACUGUUGUUAUUCCACGGAUAAUUGUAGAUAUGCGAGAGUUUCGAUCUGAUUUACCUUGUUUGAUCCAUCGACGGGGGAUUGAAGUAGUUCCACUUACAAUAGCGAUUGGAGACUAUAUCCUAACACCUGAAAUCUGUGUAGAACGUAAAUCAAUUUCUGAUUUAAUUGGUUCACUGAAUUCUGGACGUUUGUAUAACCAGUGUAUUCAGAUGACGCGAUGCUACAGUAAACCUAUUCUGUUGAUAGAGUUCGAUCAGAAUAAACCAUUUCAUCUACAGCGACACUUUAUGAUGUCUGGAGAUUCUUCUAACGCAGAUAUCACACAAAAACUGCAAUUAUUGACAUUACACUUUCCGAAAAUGAAACUGGUUUGGUCCCCAAGCCCAUAUGCAACAGCUCAGUUAUUCGAGGAAUUGAAACAAGGCAAAUUGGAACCAGAUCCUGAAGCAGCAGUUUUGGUUGGAUCAGAUGAUGUCGACGAACCCAACGACACUGACCAUAUUGCUGAGCGUGCGAAUUCGAACAUUCACGAUUUUCUUAUCAAGUUACCUGGUAUUAAUUCAAGAAACAUCGGUAAGGUGAUGAAGAAAUGUAAAAAUUUGAGAGAACUGCUACAUAAAUCCGAAGAAGAGCUUACGGAAUUACUAGGAAAUCAGGCAAACGCAAAAAUGCUGCAUCAAAUUCUUCACGUGCCCCAUAAACCCGAGCAGGAAGAAAAAAACGAAAAACAAUUCACAUCCAAGUUUAAGCGUGGUAUAGGUAGGAAAAAUUAUUAUUGAUAUAACUUCAGUGUUGUGGAGUGAACAAAAAAUCUACGCAUAGGAAUUGAUUCUUGCAUUAUAUUGAGAGAGAGAGAGAGAAAACACGCGGUUUGUUAUAAAUAAAUCAAGUGUUUAAUUUAAAACAAAAA